AUGGCGACGCGUGCCCCAAACAUGGGCCCUGAGCCCACCGAGCCCAUAAUGGAAGCUCAUGCGCUGGUAACCCAACUUUAUGAUCCUGCAAACCAGCGCAACCCAGCCCGUAUUGAUGAAAUUCAAAAUCGGUUACAACACUUACAGAAAGGUGACCAUGCCUGGGAAAUUGCAGAUUCACUAUUACGUGAGCCUUCUGCCCAACAUCGCUUUAUGGGUGCCCUCACUUUUACAGUGAAGAUCAAUGUGUCUGGCAAUGAUAUUGAGGAGGCAAUGACCUGGCAAAUCCUAGAACGCCUUAUCAAUCAUUUCAUCACAAUAGUGAAUGAGGGCGAGCAGGCUAUGGUGGUCAGAAAACUUGCUUCUAGUCUUGUUGCUGUCUUCCGAAAUGCUGCCAGCUCUUGGGGAAGAGCAUUGUGGCAACUAGCUGCGAGCCUUGCACAUGGUGGAUAUGUCUCCGAAUCAGACUCCCAGACAGUAGAUUUCCUGAAUGGAGUCCUCCCGGUCUUGAAUACUCAGAAGGCUACAGCUCUUCUAUUCUUCUCGGUCGCACUAGCUGAGGAAGCUUUGCGCCUGGAGACUGAACCUCAAGAUUUGGUCGGAUCAGCCAUUCAGCGUGUGGUGGCAAACAUUGGCGACGCUUUCUUGCUCGUCCAAUAUAUCAUCCGGCAGAUCGCGUAUCAUGUCUCGGAAGCUAGCAGUGGAUCCAUGGAAUCUACUUUAGGGAAUGAGGCCAUGGGCUCCUGGAAGACCUGGCUUAGCGUCUAUGGAAACCAUCGCCAUUCGAGUGACAAGCAAACACAGAACCUCGCGGUUUCAUGUGGGCAGGAUAUCAUAGAGGCACUCCGUUUACCGGUCUUUAAUGAAAGUGCAGCAACUGUACUGACUUCUGCCCUUGAGACCCGCUCCUGGGUCUUUGAUAACCACUCGAUGUUUACCAUGUCGCAAAUUCUUUCCGACUCGAUUGUCACAAAGCAUCUGAUUUCAAUCACUGAUGAAAACGAAGAUACUGACAGCAUGACUUUUAUUGAUCUCCUGGUGGCAUAUGUCUCCCACGUCAGUUUUGACCUCUUCAGUGACCCAAUGAAACCCCAGAACACUCAAAUACUUGCCAUCUUGCAUAAUAUUUUCAAAACUCCAGGCUACGCUGCCAUUGACGAAUCAGCCACAACGCGUGCCUUGGAGUACUGGGGCGAGAUUGCUGAGUGCCUUCCAGACAAACUAGAGUCCAGCGAUGCCAGAUACCAAAUAGUUAAGGCUCAAAUGGCCGAAGUCGUUUUAGGAAUGUUCAACAAGCUGCUUUAUCCCAGCCCCAGUGAAUUGGCUGACUGGGGAGAUGACGAACGGAGCGAGUUUAACGCGUUCCGUCAUGAAGCCUGCGACUAUCUACUGUCGGCUUAUCCAAUUCUGGGUGUCGAGCUUGUCAGCGUUUUCCAAGAGAGUGCAACAACUAAUCUGCAAAAGCUUGAUUGGCGAGGCUUCGAAGCGGCUAUGUUCUGCCUUGCUCAGUUAUCAGAGGCCGUUGAUGAAAAUGGCCAUGCAGACCAGUGCUUGGACUCCAUCUUUGGAAGCAACGCCUUUGCACAACUGUGCCUUGGUGGUGAGACUGGGAUUCCCCUCAAGGCACGCCAAACACUUGUUGACUCAUUCGGUAAAUACGAGUCAUACUUUGAACGCCAUAGCUUCCUCCUGCCUAGUGUUUUGAACAUCCUAUUUGAAUCCCUAAGCUUCGAGUCCUGCGCUCAGCCGGCUUCACGGUCUAUCCUGACUCUUUCAAAGUCAUGCUCUCGAAUGCUGAUUCCGGAGCUCCCCACCUUCCUUGAUCGACUGAAUCAGUUCCGUACGAAGCCCACGGCAACUGUUUCUACCAUGCCCAAAGUUCUCGAGGGAAUUGCGGCAAUCAUACAAAAGUUAGAUUCAGACCAAGAAAAAGUACAAACCUUGGAGAGAAUUCUGGGGUUUUUUGUCCAAGAGGCCAAUCAAGCCCGCGAGGAAGCAGCUGGCUCUGCAUACGAUAUCGCUCGGGUCCACGGCCAUCUUGUCCUAAGUUGCAUUGCCAGUCUUGGAAAAGGUCUUCGAUCUGACGGAGAAGAGGUUAUUAACGUUGAUGCUACACAAGAGCAGAAUCCAUAUCCUCCAUCAUUUUGGAAUGCGGGGCCUGGAUCCCCAGCGCAACAGCUCAUCAUGCAGGCCAUGCGGCUCUUGAUUGUUGAUUUCCCUGUUGACAGCGGUAUAAUCGAUUCAGCAUGCGAUAUUCUCAAAGCUGGCUAUACUGAGUCAUCUGGCCCUUUCGUCUUCCCUCCGACGUUAACAGUCGACUUUAUCAAAAGCUUCCCUCUAGGGAUCUCAGGAACAGAUGUUAUCAUGGCCACUGCAUCCUCGUUUCUUGCCUCACAUGGCUCCCAUGCAAUGCAGAUUCGGGACCAGGCUGUGGAAUUAAUCGUUCAUGUGUCACAGCUGUUUGCUUCAAUGCUUGACAACCCCGAUGUCUACGAUCCCGAAACUGCCAACGCUGGGAUUGAUUUCCUCGCACGCCUUUUACCAAAAUAUUACGCUAUUCUUUUCUCUCUCACAGAACCACUUCCUUCCGCCGCUGGUCCUGUAUCACAAGGCACGCCGACUUUUGCCCUAUUACUCAACUUUGCUCUUCACGCUUUGACCCGGCCAGAACCUCUCGUUCUUCGUGCCGGAUCGGCCUUCUGGAUAGCUAUGAUUGAUCUGCGUAGUGGAUCCCCAGAAGAGACUAUGGCUCUUGACCAAGUUCUGGAGCGUUUCAUCCCGUCUUUAUGUGAAACAUUGAUCAGGCAGAUUGCUGGUCGCUGUGCACGGUCUGACUUGACUUUUCUCAACGAUGUUCUUCGGCGAACUAUCUUCAAGAAAAUGGCACUCGCAAGGCCAAGCCUUAUGAGUGCACUCAAUGCUCUAGAUGCACACGUCACCGAUGCUAAUGGCCAGCAAACCCCGGUACUCUCAGCGCAGGACAAGUCACGGUUUUUAGAGUCCCUUGUUGUUGCUAGGGGUGCAAGAUCGCCGUCGCUGGAGAUUGUUCGGUCUCUUUGGCUGAAAUGUCGUGGGAUGGCGUUCGAUUACGCCAAAUAA